GCACGUCGGGCUGGGCACCGGACGGAGGCACAUCAGGCUGGACGCCGGAUCACCAGGCUUUGCAGCGGGCACCGGGCCACCAGGCGGAGCAGCGGGCACCGGGCCACCAGGUAUGACAGCGGGCACUGGGUCAUCAGGCAUAUGAUCGUCUGGCUUGACAGCGGGCAUCGAGUCACCAGGCAUGACAGCGGGCACUGGGUCAUCAGGCAUUGGAUCGUCUGGCAAGACCGCGGGCACCGAGUCAUCUGGCAAGACCGCGGGCACCGAGUCAUCUGGCAAGACCGCGGGCACCGAGUCAUCUGG